CUGGAACUGGAUUACAAAUCACAAUUUUUGAGGCAAACAUAACCUAUUUUGUGCCGUUACGUUUUGCAUCCAAAGUGUUAAAAUGUUUAGGAAUCAAUACGACAGUGAUGUAACUGUAUGGAGCCCCCAGGGCCGACUGCACCAGGUGGAGUACGCCAUGGAGGCUGUGAAAUUGGGCUCGGCGACUGUAGGUCUAAAAAGUGCAACUCACUCGGUCAUUCUUUGUCUGAAAAGAGCUUCGUCGGAACUAGCGGCCUACCAGAAGAAGAUCAUACCGAUCGACAAGCACAUCGGUAUUUCGAUUUCUGGGCUCACUGCAGAUGCGAGAAUUUUAAGCCGUUACAUGCGUACGGAAUGCCUGAAUUACAAGUACUCCCUUGACACCCUGCUGCCAAUCGCUCGCCUAAUCGGCCAGCUCGGCAACAAAAUGCAGCUGUGUACGCAGCGAUACGAUCGGCGGCCGUACGGUGUCGGUCUCCUAGUCGCCGGCUACGACGACCAAGGCCCCCACAUUUAUCAGACGUGUCCGUCCGCGAACUUCUUCGACUGCAAGGCGAUGGCAAUUGGUGCGCGCUCGCAAAGUGCCAGGACGUACCUCGAGAAGCACCUGGACGAAUUCGCCGACUGUCCCCUCGACGAGCUGGUCAAGCACGGUCUGCGAGCGGUCCGCGACACCCUACCCAACGAAGUCGAGCUCAGCACGAAGAACGUCUCGAUCGGUUACGUUGGCAAAGGGCAAGAUUUCAAAAUCUUGGACGACGACGAAAUUGGAAUUUUCCUAUCCAUGAUCGAAGGCGAAGAAAGGAGAGUCGGCGGGGGAAGCGGCGGUACCGGUGACGAGGUGAUACGUCCAGAACCGACGGGGGAAGAGGACGAACCCCGAGAUCCUAUUCCGGCAGUCGCCAUGGAUACGGAGUAAUUUUGUUAAGCAUAAUUUCCGGUUUUCUACGUGUCGUUUGUACUUUCAAUGAUCAAGGUGUUGUGCCGUGACUGUUUCGACUUGAAACAGUCACGGCACUCAAGCUUGAAUGGUAAAUAAAACGUUUAUUGAUUUA